AAUAAGGCCCCAGUCCGGGGAUCGAAGCUGGCGGCCCUGCCCCUCCCCCCCCGCAGGGCAUCCUAGUUUCUAAGAAGCGCCUUGAGGCUCGGCUCACGCACGCGCAAGCCCUGAACUUUCUGGUUCCGGCAGGCUUGCGGACUGUACCAAGUAGACCCUGACGAUGAGGGGCAAAGCCCGGACCCCCUUUCGCGGGCGUCGACGUCGGCCCGACUCGGAGAGCCCCUCUCCCGGUGAUGCCACAGGAACGGUCCAUAACGCCGCGCAAGCGCCCUUGGCUCCGUACGCCCCUCGCGCUCCCUCACGCCCCUCCGGUAGCGCAGGCGCAGGAGCCCGGGCGUGCAGCCGCCGCCGCCGCCGCCGCCGCGGACUAGGACCGGGCACCGCCGCCGUCGCCGCCUGCGUUAGAAAGUUGUGAGCAAAGUUGUGGUUGUGAAGAGCUGGCCGGGGAGGGACAUUGCCCAGCCACUGCUCUGCUCCUGUCUCCUGUCCCCUCCCCCGGCCAUGACAGAGACCCGUGAGCCAGCUGAGACUGGGGGCUACGCCAGCUUGGAAGAAGAUGAUGAGGACCUCUCUCCAGGCCCUGAGAGGUCCUCAGACUCCGAAUAUACCCUCUCAGAGCCAGACUCAGAAGAGGAAGAGGAAGAGGAGGAGGAGGAGGAAGAGACCACUGAUGACCCCGAAUAUGACCCUGGCUACAAGGUGAAGCAGCGUCUAGGGGGCGGCCGAGGGGGUCCAUCCCGCCGGCCCCCCCGAGCGGCCCAGCCCCCAGGGCCCCCUGCCCAGCCUUGCCAGCUCUGUGGCCGAUCCCUCCUCGGGGAGGCACCACCGGGCACCCCACCUUGCCGACUCUGCGGCCCUGCUUUGGCCCCCCAGGAAGCACCAGGCCCUGAAGGCCGGGCCCUUGGGGAGGAAGAGGAGGAGCUGCCUCGGGCUGGGGAGGGCCGACCCACAGGGCGGGAGGAUGAGGAGGACGAGGAGGAUGAGGAGGGCACGUACCAGUGUACCGAGUGUGAGGAUUCCUUCGACAACCUCGGGGAGCUGCAUGGCCACUUUAUGCUGCAUGCCAGGGGGGAGGUGUAGUCAGAGCCCCCUGACCCAGGGAGCUUGGCAGAAGGACUGGGAGGUGCCCAGGGGGCUGAGGAAACUGGGCUGUUCUCUGGGGUUGUGGCGGGAUGGGGGACCGCUCAUCUGUGUUGUGCUAGCAGUAGAUGUGUGAAGGCCGGAAUAAAAGCCAAAUUCUGUGUG